AUGAGGAAGCUGCGUAUCUUGUCGUCGGUGGAGGCGGCAAUAUGUUGGCUCAUUCUCAUUUCCGCGCUGUUCUCUUUCUAUGAAGCCGAUCUCCUGUGUCUUGCGGCUAAAACGCGGCUCUCAUCGCCCCCCACGACGUUCCGGAUCGACAACAAAACUAAGAUCAAAGACAUCUUCAAGUGCUCUGGUAUCCACUUCAUCGGCUCCUUCAACGAGUAUUACGUGGCCUGCGAACUGAAGGUGCCUGCCCAAGAGAAUAUCACACUACUUGAGGUUGUGAACGUGAAGCUGGAUGUCUCGACACUGUCACCCCUUCCAGGUGUCCAUGUAGAACUGACAUUUCAACUAAAUACGAGUCUAGCCACAGUGUCUAUGCGCAACAGCCAGCUACAGGCCAGCGCUGUAGAGAUCCACGCGGCCAACGUAUUAAUGGACGAGCACUCGACUGUGAACGUGUCGGCUCACGGACUCAAGUUCGGGCCGGGAUACAACUCGUGGACGUCCAUGGGAGGCAGCUACGGCGGCAUCGGUGGCGCAUCUCUCACGCCAACUCAUCGAAAAUGUGAAGACAUGCCACCUAAUGAUUUCUUUCGAGUGGUGGGCGAUGUAUCGGCGGAUUCUGCUAAUUUCCGAGGCUAUGGUAGUGGCGGAGGCAAUGAUGAGAGCCGCGGAGGCGGAAGAAUCCGAUUAAUCGCCCAGGAGAACGUGGACAUCAACGGCUCACUGCUGGCUAACGGAGGUGAUGCCUGCACUGACUGCUACGAUAGUGCUGGUGCAGGAGGCAGCAUCAUUGUUGCCGCUAAGGAACGCAUUCAUGGCAAUGCGACGGUGCAGGCCAAUGGCGGUGAGCCUAGUAACUUUAAUGAUCAUGAAUUUACUGGUGGGGGAGGAGGCGGUGGAGGCGGCGGUGGGCGGAUUGUGCUUGAUUCAAUGAACGCAGAAGAGUUAGGACCCGCUCGUGUCGAAGCGUAUGGUGGAGGCUUGAGCUCAGACAACAACGCAGCGAUUGGAUGGUGUCAAUUGGGAGGUGACGGCACGAUAUUAAAGCUGCAACAUUCGACGAAGGAUGAUGGUGCUCUUGAUGGCAGUGAGGAAAGUGAGCGCGUGCUUUACAACAGCAAGACUCUUGUGAGUACUUUGCUUGUGAAGGGGGGUCGAUUGGCACAUUUGGGACCAGUGAAGCGAAUUCAGAUCUACGGAUGCACACCGAUAUUCGAGGAGACGUCCAGGGGUGCGCGAUUCUUACCAGAAUCUCUUGUGCAUGUAUUCGUUAGAGGUGGAGCUACAGUAUGUGCGUCAGUCAUCCAGCUGAAGGAUAGCGUCGGAGGCAUUGAAAGCUCAAUUGUGCUCGACUCUGGAUCGGAACUCAAUGUUCUUGGCCGCGAACGCAAGAUUCUACUAUCAGCGUCACAACUCACACUGCAGGGUUAUGUAGGACCUUCUUCGCCCCAGGAACACGACUUGUUUGACUUGACGCUUAUUGGGGCGGACGUGUCCUUCUCGAAUGCAUUAACAAUGGUUCAUGAACUUGAGGUCGAUGCUCACGGUGCGCUAUCCCUUGACAAGUUUUCAGAACUCAAGUUUCAAGCGCAAGUGAGUAUCCAAACAGAGGCAUCGACCAAGAUAGAAGGUUUUCUCCAGCCUUUGGGCAAACCCUUGGAUUCUGUUGAUAGACCGGACGGUAUUCCCUUGAUAAGCGUGACAAGCAAGAAAGACGUCGAGCUUCGCCCGCAAACAGUGGAGAUGGGUCAAGUUGAAUUGCGAGUCAAGGCCAGCGGUACAUGCUUCCUCGACAUGCCAUUCGAUACCCCCUUUCUGAGGCUAUCGAUUUCCGCAGCAAAUGUGUCCAUCUCCAACGUGAACAGUGGUCCAGUGCUGGAAUGCAACGAGAUCGAGCUCCAAGCCGACGCGUCUGCUUGCAAAAGUUUGCAAGACUCAACGCAUGACGACCAAUCAUAUUCGAUCAGCGUGUUUGCGUCGGAGGUAGCUACGCUUGGGAAUAUCUCUGCUGGGUCUAUGAUUCUGUGCAGUGACCACAAUAUGACUGUCGAAGGUGCGAUUUCCAGCUCGUGGCUUGGGUGUGGCUCUGGAAUAGGUCCUGGCAAGAGCGAAGUCUCGGGUGAAGCUAGCGGCGGCGCUGGCCAUGGUGGAAGAGGAGGAAACGUUUUACCGGGAAGCACAGGUGGUGGCGCAGCCUACGAUAUAUCAAAGGAGCUUGUCAUGCAGCAAGCAGCUAGUUGGAUCGAACCGAUGUCUGUCGAAAAGGGGUGGCCGAUCUGGCCUGGCAGUGGCGCUGCAAGUGGCGACACCCCGAAUAAAGUCAGUGGUGGUAGUGGGGGUGGGAUUAUCUACAUUGGUUCAAAGAAGCUAAACGUGACCAAAUCGGCGUCAAUCUUAGCACGUGGAGGAGCUGGUUCCAUGGGCGGUGGUGGUGGAUCCGGCGGAUCACUGACUCUGUUCAUUGCAAAUAUUGCAGGCGGGGGUACCAUUGAUUUAGCAGGAGGUGCAGCAUCGACACCGGCAUUAAUCUUCACCGAUGUCGAAGUGGCAAACCGAACACCAAUCUGGGAUCCAAAUUUGCAUCCUGGGGAGGUUAAAGACGACGCUGGGAAGCUAGGAGGUGGUGGGGGAGGAGGGAUCGUUCGUAUCACGUACGUGGAUUCAGCAGACAAGGCAAUCGCUGGCAACGGAGAGGAGUUUAUCAAGGAUGGAGGGCGUAUUUCAGUGGAUGGAGGUGAGAGCACGGGAGGUGAAAAUGGUGGCACAGGUGUCAUGGUCGGUGCCAAUUGUCAUCCAGGGCGGGGUGGCGUUUUCUGCUUGCCAUGUCCGGAAGGAAGUCACAGUCCCGGACGAUUCUCUAAGUGUUCGCCAUGCGAGCCAGGCACCUGUUCAGGCAACAGUGGCGCUGAAAAAUGUGAUGCGUGUCCCGUUGGCCAUUUCAAUCCGGAUUUCGGGAAGAAAGAGUGUCAGUCAUGUCCAUUGGGGUCUUUUGGUGCCAAAGUGGGAUUAAAGAAAUGCAAAUUGUGCCCACCAGGUUCAUUUGCAGGAGUGACAGGGAGCAGUACUUGCUCCGCUUGUCCUAUUGGUAGCAUCACGACCUCGUCUGGCAACAGAAACUGCACGUUAUGUGGAAUUGGAGAGACCACAAUAAAAGAUGGCGCGAUUGCAUGUGCUACCUGCAAGAACAAGCCCGUUCACUCAGCGUUUAACAUGCGCGGCAGUUGCUCAUACGCCUGCUUCAAGGGCCGCAAUGGCCUGGACUGCUUGACACCGUUCGAACGUUUGGUAAAGCCAAUCGGUGGACCGAUAGGUUUUGUCAUUCUUGUGUUUGCCGUCACUGGUCUAAUCUUCGGUGCCUGGGGAUUUUUCUCGUAUCGAAGCUCCAAGUCCGAGCUGCAUCGCUAUGCGCAGUAUAAGGCCCAGAGACUUCGUGAUGAGCUAUCGUUGGAGACGUUGACACGCACGUUAACUGCUCGUCUAACUGAUCAAGAUCUGAACGCUCAUGUUGCUCGUCUGUAUCUCGCGGGAGACAAUCACCUCAAGAAUGCGUGGCGACUAAAUCCGUACUUCUUGCCUGCGAGCCUACGUGACAUCGUUGAAGAAGGCACCUACGCAACUUUUGCCUCGACGUGCAACAAGAUGGUGGAGUGGGACCCUACAAGUUGGGAAGCGUGGCUGUAUCGAUUCUUACUGGUCACUAUUCCCCCUAUUAGUACGUUCUUCAUGCGUCGGCGUCAACUGCAUCGCGUUGUGAAGCUCUCCAAGUACAUUGGUCGGUAUGGGGGUCGUUUCUUUCGCGAUGUGAACUUCCGAGUACAUGGCACGCAGCUGAAAGUUGGAUUCAGUCCAGAUUUCUCACUCGGUUAUUUCGACGUCCUGAUUUCGCAGUCAAGUUCUGCUACAUCCGUGAAUUUGGUUGCCAUGCAAGCUGUCAGUCUUGAAGAUCUGGUGCUUGUGGUCGGUGGUAGCGGAUCAUUCUUUAGACCAUAUCACCUCGACACGAAUGAUAUUAUUGUGCGCGCCAUCCCUUCCCGACUGGAACUACUGGAGCAUAACUUCUGGAUCGACUUCGUGGCAGAUAUAAAUCAAAUGUGCGCUGUUGAAGCAGCUCGCGUUGUUAUCGCAUUCGUUGAAGCGUUUAACGAGACACACGUAAAAGAUGGUUUUGCCGUGGCGUUCGGGACAUUUUCGGUUGGUGGAGCGAUUGCUGCCGAUGCAAACGAUAGCUGCUUCGAGCCUUUCACGCUGGAGAACAUCGACACAACCAUCGCAUUGUACCCGCAGGAACCGUUUAAGUUGGCGUUUCGUGUUUCCAGAUUGAAUUCCAAAGAAGUUUCACAUUCAAGGAGAGAGUCGCUGGACAGUGGAUCCGAUUUCCCUGAAUUGCCCUCCGAAGAGAGCGACAAAGUGAGGGCCGAGACAGACCCUCGAUCUGCGAAUUUCCGCUACUCGCAGAUUCGAAUGGAAGCUCUUUUCGCGCAGCCUGAGCGUCGCUUGCUUGGUAAUUACGCUGAUAAUUCUAGCGACAAUAGCGACAGUCUGACACCACUCAAGAAGCCUCGUAUUGGUGGAGCACGUGCGAGAGCAUUCGUGGAGUUUCUGUGUACAAAUGACACAGCGAAGCGAUGGCUCGCGACUCUGUGGCAACCAGUGUAUCCUCUUUUCCGGCUGCGCAACUUAUCGCGUCCUAAGCUUCCUGCUCGCUGGUUACUCUCCGUGCUGAUGGUGUUGCUUCUUAUCGCAGACAUGGGUGUGGUCUUCUGGAUCAUGGUGGAGUAUUAUUGUGUUCAAAUUCGUGACCCCACAGCCCAAGAUCCAGGUUGCUCUCGGGUACGUGCUAUCGCGGCAACACCACUUUGGUCAGUUCUAGGCGUCUUGCCUGCCGCUAUCGUCGGCUCACCGAUGCUUGGACUCAUAUUCGUCACGAAAAAGAGCAUUUUCUACGGAAAGCUCUUCGCAGUGUGGAAUGUCAGCUCUAUCGUGAACCAGAUGGUAGCUUUCAUCUGCGGUCUUGCAUUUCUGGCAUACAUUCACGACGAAAUCCUUCUGGUAGCGGUCGGAGGCGUGCUUAUCAAGUUUUUCGAGAAGGAAGUGGCAUUGCGGUGCAUCGCGCAGUACGCGAGCGAACGGCCUUUCCGAGGAUGGAGAGGCCUACAUACCACACGGGACUGGUAUGAUGCUGCUUACACACCCUUAGUGCAUCACGAGAACUAA